AUGCAUAGAUGCAAGGCCGCUGACGCCAUACUCUCGCAAAUGGUGAUGGAGAAUGACUACGAGAUAAUAAUCAUAAGCGAGAAAUACAAAAAGAAAGAGACAGGUACAUGGCUAGAAGAUAGCAGCUCAACCGCCGCUAUAUGGCUACCACAAGGGAGUAACGCCACCACUGUAAGCAAUGGGAACGGCAACGGCUUCGUGUGGGUCAAGUGCGAUAUUUUUACAGUAAUUAGCUGCUACUUGACGCCAAGCGAUAGUACACAGGAAUUCCAAGAAAAGCUCGACAAUAUAGAGGACACAGCCAGGACCAUAGAAGGCCAAUUGAUCAUCGCCGGAGACCUAAACUGCAGAGCCGUAGAGUGGGGUAUGCCAAACACUAACUCGAGAGGAAAGCGAAUUCUAGAAAUGGCGCGGCUAGGUCUAAUAGUGCUCAAUACGGGAAGUGCAACUACGUUCAGAAGACCGGGAUGCGAGGAAACCACACCAGACAUCACCCUAUCAACAGAACGCUUGGCAGGCUCAAUAAAUAAUUGGAAAAUCCUGGAGGACUACGCUGGCAGCGAUCAUCACUACAACUCUUUCAUGAUCGACACUGGAAGAAACGCUUACCAGCUCAGCAAAAAUAAUGGAACACGGAAGUGGAAUAUUUCGAAACUAGACACAUCGAAAUUAAUCGCCGAAAUAGACGAGCAGAACCCAUCUAGCGACCCCUCCCUUAUAGCAAGAAAAACAGUCGAGCACACAAUGCGUAAUAUAACCAAAGCCUGCCAAAAAUCAAUGCCCAAGGCUACCCACAGCAAACGUAAAGCAAUAGUUCACUGGUGGACUGAAAACAUCGCCGAACUCAGACGCACAUGCCUCCGCCUUCGCAGAUCUUAUACGAGAUCCAAGCGCAGAGGAGCUGCACCACAAGAAGUCGAGCAAUACAAAGCAGCAAAAAAGGAGCUGAAGCACGCCAUCGACGACAGUAAAAAGGAAAAAUGGGAGAAACUACGGGAGGAUAUAAACAGAAACCCCUGA